AUGAAUCGUGCCUCAGACACCAUAGUUCAACAGAGACAACCUUCGCACAGCUGCUUCACCAACGAUGCCAAUAUUUUGGAUCUUGGAGAGCUUGAGUUCUCUAUGCUAACUCCAAUGGGGUCAUUUGAUAGUGAGGUUGUUGGACCUGAAUUCGCAUGCCUCGAUGCCGUGGAAAACCUUGCGAUAGCGGAUCAUGCAGUGUUGAUAAAGCAGAGCCAUUUCAAUAUUCGAAGCUUUAUACCUCCCGCUCUGGAGACCGAGGCAGACCUACUGUCGAAUCAUUACUUUUCAUCGGUUUGCAUCAUCAAUUCGGGCUUCGACUCUCCCGCAAACCCGUUCCGGACAUACGUAGCGGAACUGAUGUCUGGCGAUACCAUCAUCUACCACUGUAUGCUCUCGAUGUCGGCAGCGCAUCUUUAUCAGCAUCGUGAGGUGUUCAAACAGGUGGCACUCAAUUAUCGCACGGAGGCAAUUUCUUCUCUGCGAGCCGAAUUGUCUCUCACAGACGGUCGAAGAGUUCUCGAGGCUGACGGCCAUUCUAGGCUAAGUACACUACUAUUUGGUACCUUAUUGUUGGGUAUGAGCUCUUCCUGGCAUGAGACCUCAUCGUUAGGGGAAAUAUUCCUGCAUGGUGCUCGCAGCUUACUGAAGACUGCAAAAGUAAGGCAAAGCAACACAGCUUCAGGGCUGGCCAACAACCCCGACUUAACGUUCCGCGAUCAUCCCGAGGCAAACUUUUUGGUAGGAGCAAUUGCUUUCUGGGAAAUGCUGUCAUCCUACCACAUCAAUCAGGAUAUAUCAGCGACGGACUACCUCAAGCCGUUCUGCCUGGAACUCGAGUCUGCCGAUGUAGCACCAAAUCCAUGGACAGGCGUAAAUACUGGGUUGUUUCUCCUUGCAGCAAAAGUUGGAACACUCACGAGACACGCCCAUUUACUUCACCAACUUGCAGCAACCCUACCAGCCAUCAAAAUGGAGACUCACUUGGAUCAGAAACUCCUCGAAACUGCAAGGCAGCUUGAGGAGCAGAUCCGUCGCUAUGAGGUGCGUCCGCUAACAACAGAUACCGAUGACAAGCUUACGCCCGGCACACAUUUUGAAACUAUGGCCCGAGUCUACCAGCUUACGAUGCGAUUGGAGUUGUAUCAGGUGUUCCCAGAACUCCUUCGUGAAAGCUCUCAAAUGGCCCACUAUUGGGUAUCUUCGCAGCAUGAGAGUCGGUCUCGGAGCGGUUACCUUGAAAUAAUAAGGGCGCUGGCAGUCAACAUCUUGACCCUGUUGUGUUCGAUCCCAGUGACAAGUGGUACCAAAGCCAUACAAUUAUUUCCGCUUGUGGUCGCUGGGAGCGCCCUGCAAUAUGACUCGACAGUGUCAAACGCUUCGGCACCAGAUAAACUGUGCGUUGCUCAAGAAGUUGUGUCACUGAUCGGCGAUAAGACGGCCAUACUGCACUGGAGGGCCGUGGUCCAGAACACUAUGCUGACUGUUUACAAAUAUGUCGGACUCGAGUCGGCUCAACGUGGUGCCAAGAUAGUCGAAAAUGUCUGGACACGGUCGGACACGAAUUAUCAUUCUCACAGCUCCGAUACUGGGGUCGAAACGACUAAGUUUAUAUAUUGGGCAGAUGUGAUGCGUGAAGAGCAUUUGGAGACCCUGUUAGGAUGA